CUCUCUGUGUCGUCAUGCCCAGGUCACAUGACACGGGGAAAUGCUAACGUCAUCAGUCGCACAGAGAAGGGUCAGACCGAUUCAUUGUCUAACUCUUAUCGACAUUAAUUGUUUAAAAAUGACAAAAUUACAAAUUUUGAACGCGUAUCUGACGGAACGGUUAAUGGUGGCUGUGCGAGAGAUACUGGAGGUGGUGGGUGACACGGUGUCGGAAUAUCAGGAAGAAACUGCCCGAAUCCACCGGGAGAACGAGAGUCUGAGGAGGAAGCUGCGGGAUGUGGUGAUAGAAGCAGAGACGGGUUGGACGGGAGCUCCUCACCUUCUUUCCAUCUCUCUCCCUCCCUCCCUCUCCCCAGGGGUGUCACACCCUCUCUCCCUCUCGCCAGGGGCGUCACACCCUCUCUCCCCCCCCUCAGGGGUGUCACACCCUCUCUCUCUCUCCCCAGGGGUGUCACACCCUCUCUCCCUCUCCCCCCCCCCAGGGGCGUCACUCCCUCUCUCCCUCUCGGCGGCUGAGGGGAGCUCUCCCGUAGAGCAGCAGGACUGGAGCUCCGGCCUGAGGGAGCAGCUCGCUGGGGCCGAAGAGCAGCAGGAGGUCUGCGAGCGGCGGAGGAGCCGGCAGAAGGAAGAGGACGUCGCUGGACCGGACCGGUCCUGUGCCACGGAGGCGGAGCUGCAGUCCGAGUGCGGUACCCCCGGACUGAAGAAGCUGGCUUUGGAAAUCGCUUUAUCCGUGGUCUCGCCUUCCUCCCUGAGCGUCAGCCAUGAGCUGAGCGCCAUGCGCCUGGCCGAGGACGCUGCUCCUCGCGCGCGGCCCCGGUCCCCGGCUCACCUGCGCUCUGCCCAGGUCAAAACGGAGCCUGACGAGGGACCCGAAUUCAAGUCCGAACAGCCCCCUGAGCUGAGCCCGGCAGCCAAAGCGAAAUCCCACGCUCUGGAACCUCUGUUAGAAGCGAGUGUGGGCGAAGAUUCUGAGGCGCUGGGGGCCGGGGUGGGACACAUGGAGGGUACUGGACCACAGGAAGCGGGGACCAGGAUGAACGAGAUCCAAAAUGAGAGCUACUUCGUCGGGUACCGAGGAGAGAAACAGCACCGCUGCUUUCAGUGCGGUAAGUUCUUCAGUCAGGUCUGCAACCUGAAAACCCACCUGCAGAUUCACACGGGCGAGAGACCGUACACCUGCAACUGGUGCGGCAAGUCCUUCACUCAGUCAGCGGACCUGAGGCGCCACCAGCGGAUCCAUACCGGGGAGAAACCACACCGCUGCACCUGGUGCGAGAAGAGUUUCACUCAGAUAGGAAACCUCAAAAGACACCUGCGAAUUCACACCGGAGAAAGGCCCUACUGCUGCACGCUGUGUGGCAAGAGCUUCAAUGACGGGGACACCCUGAAAAAGCACCGCAGAAUCCACACGGGGGAGAGGCCGUUCCGCUGCGCUCACUGUUCCAAGACUUUCACUGUGGCCAGCAGCCUGCAGAAUCAUCUCAGAAAUCACUUGAAAGAGAGUAAGCAGCAGUGCUGAGAGAGAAAUCAUAGUGUGUGAGGUGGUGUGUUUUGAUAUACAAUUUUAAAGUGACUGUGUUUUUAAAAUGUGCCCAGCAACCUAAACAGUGAAUAUAAGCCAAAUAUGCAACUCUGGUGUUGAUGAAGAUCCGUAACUGAUUAAAUGGAGGUAUUGCUCUCAUCAUGAUUGUUCAAAAAAAUCUAUACAUUUCCUGAUGAAAAUGGGUUUUCAUUUUUGAUUUGCUUUUAAAGGCAUAUUAUGCAGGAUGUUUAGCUUCGCUGUGGUUUUGUGUAUACAAUACAAUCCUCCUCAAGCCCACCCACUCGCCUCCAUUGAGGGAAACAAAUGCCAUUGAGCACAGGAUAGCUCGCUGGAUAGCUUGAGGUAAUGUCACUUGGUUGAGCAGCAAGGUUGUUGUGCGUCUAUAUAGGCAGCCUGUUGCUUAGUGGCUAAGGUAUAGGACCCGGAAGGCCCAGUCAUAAUAAGAUCCAUGCAGCUGUUGGGCCCUUGACCAUAUCCCUACAUUGCUCCAGGGGGGAUUAUCUCCUGCUUAGUCUGGAACAACUGGAAGUCGCUUUGGAUAAAGGCGUCUCCACUCUCCACUCUCCACUUUCAGUAGCUAGCUUGUUACAAACACUGGGAAUGGUGUUAUCAAUGCAAAAGCUGAUAUAGUCACAGACACAGUCUGUCAUGGUAUCAGUGUCCUCCCCGUGCGGUUUGUACAGAGCAUCCCAGUCAGUGCCGUCCAGGGCACCGUGCAUGAGACCAGUUCCUCCCUGGCCUCACCCUCGCAGGUUGCUGCUGGAAAACUGGCUUGUAUGAUGUUGUCAGCAAGACUGAGUCUGAUCUGCCAAGAGCAGGCAGGGCAGCAGAGCUGUAGGCAUCUUUAACAUUUGCAUACAACAGGUCCAAUUUAUUAUUGUCUCUGGUUGUACAUUUUAGAAACUGGUAAAAUGUGGAUAGGGUACUGGAAAGAGACAUGAUGAGAGAGCCUGUAAUUGUGAUGACGGGUUGUUCUGUUUGAAGUCUGGCUGUCGCGGAGUGAACUGCAUGCUGCUCCCGCGUUUCCCGUGGGUGGAAUCUCAACCGUAAAAACAAUGGCGCUGGAGAAUUCUCUUGGCAAAUUGUAUGGUCCGAUCAAUCGGCUCGCUGUCCGGGCUGCAGAAACGCUCCUUCUCAGAGAUGUGUCCUGGGUUGGCACCUGGAGUUUAGAAACAAGGCCCCUCCUCCUGUCUUCUUGCCACUCGUGGUGGGUUUGCUAUCUGCGCGAGCCUUGUGGAAUCUGGGAAUGGUCACAUUCGGGUCAGGUAUCCGUUUGGGUUGCCACAUCUCGGUGAAACGCAUGAUACUGCAUUCUCUGUUCUCCCUCUGACUCUUAACGAGUUCAGUUAACGAGUGCCCCCAGUUCGUCCCUCUUAUUUGCCAAAGGCCGCACUCUCCCCGUAAUGACUGCAGGGAGGAGCCGGUCACUGGAGGAGCCGGUCACUGGAGGAGCUGGUCACUGGAGGAGCCGGUCACUGAGAGGAACCGGUCACUGGAGGAACCGGUCACUGGAGGAGCCGGUCACUGGAGGAGCAGGUCACUGCAGGAGCUGGUCACUGGAGGAACCAUUCACUGGAGGAACCGGUCACUGGAGGAACCGGUCACUGGAGGAACCGGUCACUGCAGGAGCUGGUCACUGGAGGAACCGGUCACUGAGAGGAACCGGUCACUGGAGGAACCGGUCACUGGAGGAACCGGUCACUGGAGGAGCCGGUCACUGGAGGAACCGGUCACUGGAGGAGCCGGUCACUGGAGGAGCAGGUCACUGCAGGAGCUGGUCACUGGAGGAACCAGUCACUGGAGGAACCGGUCACUGGAGGAGCCGGUCACUGGAGGAACCGGUCACUGGAGGAGCCGGUCACUGGAGGAACCGGUCACUGGAGGAGCCGGUCACUGGAGGAACCGGUCACUGGAGGAGCCGGUCACUGCAGGAGCAGGUCACUGCAGGGCGAUCAGCAUACCUCCCAGUCAUUAAAAGUGGCCCAAGUACGAAGAAGAGCAAUACAAACCACUUAAUAAGCGUUGUUGUGUAGUCUGAUGUUCACAAACAUAAAACAAUGUGUUUAGAGGCUAAAAUAAGUACUAAAAUAAAAAAUAAAACAUGAAAACAUGUGAACCUGCUGCAACAGGCUGCCACUAGCAGGGCUUCAUGUUGCUGAAUGAUUGGCAGUACAUCACAGAUAUGAGUGAGCAUGCUUGUUUUAUAACAUUUUCAAGGUAAAAAUCCUGCAUAGUAUGCCUCACUUUUCCAAGCCUUGUUUCACCAUGUUUUUCUGACUACAUUUUACAAUUUAGUACAUUACAGUCACUUAGACUCUCUUAUCCACAGCAACUUACAGUCUGUGUGAUUCUCAGGAAUACAAAUGUGUCAUUACCAAGAAGGCACAUUUGUAAUCAAUAAGCGCAAUGUUAACCUAAUGAAGAGAAUAAACUAAAGAAAGUGCCACUUUAAGCACAGAGUCUUCAGUCUGCAUUGCAGGAUGUCUGCUCUGACUGCAGUGGAACCUUUUGACCUGUUAUUACUAUAGGAGAGAUGGCGGAGCGGCAUGGGUGAGUGAGGAGGUUAUGGAUUCCACAAGCAGCAGCUUUUGGCAUGGAGGAUGGAGAGGAGAUAAAUGAGAGGAUGUCAGGACAAACAGAACUAAAAAUAAUAAUGCUUUUUACAUGCCAAGAUGGACCAGAGUGGGCAUACUUGAUUUUACCUCAGGCAAAUGGGGACAGCUAUACUAAUUUUCAUGGGCUGUCAAUGGCUCAUUUGCAAUGGCUGUAUUCCAGCAUAGGUAUUCCGGUAAUCAAGUCCCAACUUUGCCAGAGAGAUGAUUAGCUAGCAUGGUAUUCUCCGCGUAGCUACAGCCAGGCAGACGGUUGGCAGGGAAGGUAUUCCCGGCAUAGCUUCAACCAGGGAGACAAUAUUCAGUAUGUUACAAUAUUCUCUGUGUAGCUUCAGCCAGGCAGACGGUUGGCUUGGAAGGUAUUCUCCAUGUAGGUUGAGCCAGGGAGGAUGGCGCAUACAAGCCUCCGCAGUGCACAGAGAAUGCUACAGUGAUGUUAGUGGCCUACAGUGACAAUUAUGAAACAGGGAGAGAAGGAAAAGAACACUUUUAUCUCCCAUGUCCUAUUCCCACGAAAGCUCUACAAUCUACUCAUCAGAACGCGUUUCUGAACAUCACAGUGAUGAACAAGGUUUACAUUUACCACCAUCUCUCCCCUUUAUUUUCAAAUGUUCCCACCAGUCGCUGCCAGGACUCAAGUAUGCUCUUCUGCUGAGGGGCCACUUGGCAAGGGCCUGCCUCUGCUUUCUCACAGACAAGCACUUUCCAGAAGAAAAUGGGGAAGUGUGUUUUAAGUCAUGACACUUUUAUUGUGAAUACUUGCCUGAAACUUUACAGUGUAUGACAGCAAUUUUAUUGUUACAUAUUGUUACAUGUCAUUGACUUAAAAUUAGGCAGAUGUAUUCAGCUACAGAAAGGGACUAACAAGGCAUUGCAUCAUGGCCGAGAUCCAGUAUUUUAGGAUUUGUUUCAACUGUCACAAUUAGCAGUCAAAAGUCUCACCUUAAUAUGGGCAUAUUUGUGUUAUUUAUUCUUUGUUAUUUUUUGCUGUAAUGGAUUGACCUGGACUGAUGGGUAUUGUGUUUUCCAUUGUCAAACCUUUUCUUUGUUUUUCUCAAGUGGUGCAUAUCUUGCUGACCGUGAGCUGUGUUUAUGUUUAAAGUAUUUUUUGUUUUCACAACUACUGUUUAUUUCUUGUUCUUUUGACACUGUCUCUCCUUGAGCCAAGACCAGGCCUUGAACAGUUGGGCUGAAAGAGUAAUAUUCAGGUUGAAUUGGAAACCUAGAAAGUUAUGGAUCUCCUGGAACAGUGUUGGGAACCACUGCCCUACAGUACUGGGGCAUUGUGCUCCUCGUCAAGGGGGAAGACUGCAGCAACCAGCUUUCUGGAGGUUUCAUGUCGUAAAAGUAAUCAAUCCCAGCACCACUCAGCUUCUGCCAUCAGAAAGGGGAAAACUAAAGGUAAUAAGAGGUGCUUGUCACAUUUCUUAAUUAACACCAUAUUCAGAGGCCCAGAUUCAGCUGCUGACAAAUGACAGUAAAUUUCAAUAUCUAUCCCAUAUGGAGUCAAUGCCUAUUCUGGCCACAUUAUUAAUAUUACUAUCUUACUAAUUGCUGACGUCAUAGCAUAUUCUGCCAAAUUAGAAAAGGUCUGCAAUGAUAAGAACAGAAACAGGAGGUUUUGGCUUUUGUAUUAAAGAAUACAAGUCCUAGUCCAAGACAUCUGAAGUUUAUAUCUACAGUUCUAAAUUUGUUAUUUGACUGUAAUACUGAAAUUACCUUUGGAAGUUAGAUUUUAGCACAUAGCACUUCUGUUUAUGAAAUGGGUUUGCACUGUUACCCUGUGUUUAAUCCUGGAAUAACAUAAACUGGAUUUAAGACUAUUAUUUGUGGUAAUUUAGAUCGCAAUGAAUCGCUAACUGUGAUGGUUAUUUUUGUUUCUGAGUGAAAUAGGAGUGUUUUGAAGCACAAUAAAAACAUGUAUCUAA